UUGCCAGCGAUGAAAAUCACACUGAAAACACUGAAGCAGCAGACGUUCAUCGUCGAGGUGGACGUCGAAAAGGACACAGUGCGAACGCUGAAGGAGAAGCUUUAUACCGAGAGCAACCUAGCGUACCCGGUCGACCGGCAGCGGUUGAUCUAUCUCGGCAAAAUCAUGGAGGACUACCAUCUGCUCAGCCAGUACAAGCUGGACGAUAAGAAGUUUAUUGUGGUCAUGAGCAAAAAACCCACACCGGCCGCCGACGAGCAGCAGGGUGAAGGUGAUGGGUCCGAUGCGAAGAAGCAGGAAACGCCGGUACCGAAGCAACCAGAGGGCAAGACGGACGCCAGUGCCACCGGCACAGGGGGAGACGGUACCGAUCCGUCGUCGUCCUCCAGCACUAACACGAACAAACCGUCCACGUCUACACCAUCACCAGCUGCCCCAUCAACCGGCGACGAUCAAAAGACAACCGGACCGAAAGAGGACACCAACGUCACCAACACUAGCAGCAGCACAACAACCGAGACGAAGCCUACCAGCAACCCAUCAACCGAUGCCGUACCGGAGGAGAUGCAGAUCAACAUUCAGAGGCUUAAAGAGAUGGGCUACUCGGAACAAAGCGCCAGAAUUGCGCUGGAAAUUUGCGCCAACAUUCCGGACCGUGCCGUCGAGUACUUGCUGUCGGAUAUGGGCGGUGGCAGUGAUGUAUCAUUUGCGUUGGCCGCUGCCCAACAGCAACAGCAGCAGGACGGCGUACCGGCCGCUGGCACGGUGCCGGUCGGUGCUGGUGGCGGGUCCGAUGCGAAUCCGCUCGAUUUUCUGCGCAACAAUCCCGUGUUCGAGGACAUGAAGCGCAUCCUGCGCGACGAUCCGGCGAUGCUGCCGUACCUGAUGCGCCGAAUGCAGCAAAGCAAUCCCGACCUGCUGAGCAUCGUGGCCGAACACCAGGAAGAGUUUCUGGCCAUGAUCAAUGAGGGCAGCACCGCCCAGGGUCCGAUGUCGCGCGAGCUGGAAGACAUUGCGUCCGCGAUGAUUAACAGCCUGACACCGUCGGAUAUGGACGCGAUCGAACGGCUGAAGGCGCUGGGCUAUCCGGAGCAUCUUGUCAUCCAGGCGUACAUUGCGUGCGAGCGUGACGAGUACGAUGCGGCCAUGUUUCUCGUCACACAAACGCUGGACGAUGAAGAGUAGAUG